UGUGUGUGUGUGUGUGUGGCUGGCUGUUCACACCGUUAAACUGACAUCAAACUGUUGGCAGGCAGCUGCAGGAUGGCCGGGAGCUUCUGCAACAAAUACUUUGUCUCCUUAUUCGACUACAAAACAGAAAAAUACAUCGUGGCCAGAAAUAAGAAAGUUGGUGUUUUGUACAGACUUAUUCAGUUAUCCAUCAUCGGUUACAUUAUAGGGUGGGUUUUCAUAAGUAAGAAAGGUUACCAGGAAACAGACGAGGCCAUCCAGAGUUCUGUCAUCACUAAACUGAAAGGAGUCUCAGUGACUAACACCACUGAGUCUGGCCUGCGGGUGUGGAGUCCAGAGGACUACGUUAUCCCGUCACAGGGUGAAGCUGUUCUGUUUGUUGUAACUAAUUUCUUAGAGACGCCAAACCAGAAGCUGGGAUACUGUGCCGAGAGCUCCCAUAUCCUGGAUGCCCACUGCCAAGAUGACAAGGACUGUGAAGAAGGAAAGAUGGUAGUGGCUGGACACGGAGUUAAGAGUGGCAAAUGCAUAAAAAAAGAUGGAGACACCAACGGUUCCUGUGAAAUCUACGCCUGGUGUCCCAUUGAAAAAAAACAAAAAACAGAGUCUCAUCUGACAAACGCUGAAAACUUCACUAUCUACAUCAAGAAUUUCAUCAACUUUUCAAAAUUCAAAUUUUCAAAGUCCAACGUCCUUGAAACAGAUAAUAAAUCCUAUUUGAAGACAUGCCGAUAUGAUGAGGAGCUUCACCCCUACUGCCCCAUCUUUCGCCUUGGAGACAUCACCAAGCGAGCUGGAUUCAACAUCCGGGACAUGUACACAAACGGUGGCUCCAUUGGCAUUAUAAUAGACUGGAAUUGUGACCUUGACAAAGACUACUCUAACUGUAAUCCACAGUACCGCUUUACUCGCCUGGACAAGGUGUCCAACAAGAGCAGCACAGUUGGAUUUAAUUUCAGACACGCUUGGUAUUUCAAAAAUGCCGCUGGUGAGAGCUAUCGAUCUCUAUAUAAAGUCUACGGUGUCCGAUUUAACAUCAUGGUGCAUGGAAAGGCGGGAAUGUUCAGCAUCAUCCCAACAGCCAUUAACAUUGCCUCAGGACUGGCUUUGAUGGGUGCUGGAGCUUUCUUCUGUGACCUGGUCCUUCUCUACCUAAUCAAGAAGGGCAAUUCGUAUCGAGAGAGGAAGUUUGAAGGAUCCAGUCAGAAUCUGUCCGACACAAAUAGACAGACACCAACAACUGAAGACAAAACUGAAGACCAAGGCAUGACAUUGAUGUUUUAGUCUCUUCACUGCAUGAGAAGAGUUACAUAACGGUAAAUAUGAAAUGAUAAAACUGACAUUUGGAAGUACAGUAUAACUUUGGCUAUACUGUUGUGGAGACAAGGCGUCGUUUUAAGUAAGUUUGUCAGUUUGAAGAUGCUGCCAUAUUUUGCCUUUGUAACACCUCUUUUAUAACUUGAAAACAGUAAUUAAAAACAAAUGUGAACAAAUAUUCCAUUCAACAGGUUUAACCAUAAAAUUAGUCUUAACAACAUUGCAACAUGCAGACCUCUUUUGACCAUCAGUGCUCAAGUUGUGUUUGUUUUGUAGAUUUACCUACCCAACAACUAUUUCAUUUUCUUUUCUUUUGUAUUACAUUUUAUAUAUUUCAUGUUGAAAAUAUUGUUGAAAAUAGAGAUAGAGACAUUUUUUGUUAUGUAAUUGAGAUUAUAUGAAUUUGACCACACCGUUUUUUUUGUUUUUUUUACUUUACUACUAUUAAAUUACUUGAUUUAGUCCCUGGUCAGAUUUGUAGAAGAGUCUACAUUUUAUAUCUCGUAUUUAAAGAAAGAAAAAGAGUUAAAAUUGACUUUCUUUGUGGAAAUUCAAAUUUUCUUUGUGGUCAUUAUUUGGAAAGCUUAUAAUUUUGAUUACUGAUUAGAUAAAAAGGGCAUUUGUGUGUGUGUGUGUGUGUGUGUGUGUGUGUGUGUGUGUGUGUGUGUGUGUGUGCGUGUGUGUGUGUCACAUUUGGGGCCUUUAAGUUGAAACAAGAGUGUUGAAUCUUAUACACUGACUAUUGCAAGGUUUAUUUUGACAACAUUGUUUGGUGUUAUAAUGUAUAUAUUUAAUUUUUAAAAAUGAGUGUUUGGACCAACUGUCUACACAGAGGCCUCACACAGUGGCUCAGUGUUUAUGUCCUGUAUCACUGAUGUGGUUCUUCACCUUCCUCUGAGAGGAAGACACAUUCGUGCUACAGAAUCUCUCAAUAAACUAUCAGAGGCCACAGUGCUUGUAUUUUUUCUUUUUUUUAGUCACAUUAGGAGCAUGACAUAAAAGGAUGUGGUCAUUUUCUAAAUCAGUAGAUUACACAUUGACAGAUCAACUACAUUGUAAAACCAGAACACAAGGACAAAGAACGACCCCAGAGAAAAGUUAGCAUCAUUAGCAUUUUACUUAAUAAUAAUUGUUUACUACGUUAAUUUUAAUGACCAAGAAUUCCUGUGAAUGAAAUAUACCUCAUACAUGAAUCCUGCAUUCAGUGUCAAUUUUACUUCAGCAUACAGUAUUUGUGUCUACAUGGUCAUUCAUCAUUGAUGUGAUUUUGUUGUAACCUCAGUAAAUGUUCAAAUAAAGAUUUUAAUG